CAACUUCAAUCAUUUCGCCCCUUCCUUCUUCUUCUCGUUAGCUCCACUCCGGAAAAAAAAACGCCGCGAAGAUGAUGCACAUGACCUUCUACUGGGGCAUCAAAGCCACGAUCCUCUUCGAUUUCUGGAAAACCGAUUCAUGGCUCAGCUACAUCCUCACCUUGCUCGCCUGCUUCGCCUUCGCCGCCUUCUACCAGUACCUCGAGAAACGCCGCGUCCAGUUCAAAUCCCUUUCGUCCACUCGCCAUCCCAAUCCCCCGCCUCGCUCCGGCGUCUCCGCCCCUCUUAUCCCCAAAUCGGGCACCAGAUCCGCCGCCAAAGCCGCGUCGGUGCUGCUUUUCGGCGUCAACGCCGCGAUCGGCUACUUGCUGAUGCUCGCGGCUAUGUCCUUCAACGGAGGCGUUUUCAUCGCGAUUGUCGUCGGGUUAACCGUCGGGUACCUCGUUUUCAGAUCUGACGACGACGGUGCUGACGUGGCGGCGGAGAAUCCAUGCGCAUGUGCUUGAUGAUUUCUGAGAUCGCUGUGAUUUGGUUUGUGUUUGUUGCGUUGGAUCUUUGACACGUAUCCUGUAUAAUUUUCUUGUUGGCUUCUUCAUCAAACUGAUCAUCAUCAUCGACGAUCUAAAUGCGUUUAUGUAUAAUUACUUUAAUUCGAUGAUUAAGCUCUUUAUAUAUU